UGAUACAACUGACGAUGCAUAAAAUUUAAAAUACACAUUUUCCGUUUUAUAAAAUUUUUAAAUUUCCAAUUUUAUUUUUCAGCUGAAAGCGUUCUAUGUAGAUUUAUUGGUGCCGUUGGAAACUAACUUGGAAAAGGAUACAAAAGUGGUUCAAUGCGAACAAAAGAGAUUCCUUCAACAACACAAACAGCGAUCCGAGACGUACAGCAAAGCUGUGGCAUUGAUGAAAAAACAAAGAAAGAAAUCCAGAGGGUCCAGUAAAACAGGCCUCGCAAUGGAUAAGGAACUUAAGAAUAUGCAAGUUCUUGAAGAAGAAAAAACAAAACUGGAUGCCUUUUGUGAACAAAGUUUAAAAAAUGCAAUGACUCAAGAAAGACGAAGAUAUGGAUUUGUUCUAGAAAGACAGUGCUCGUUAUCUAAGCAUUAUCUCUCGUAUUAUUCAAAUGGAGUUGAAGCUUAUCAAGAAAAUAUUGAAAAAUGGUCCGACGUUGCAAAAACCAGGGAAUAUCUGCCGGAAUCUGUAGAAAAUAUAUUCACAAAUAAAAUCAGACAAAUAUCCAUAUGGCAAAAUGAUGACCUCUACUCAAAUCCUAGAAGUCCCAAUCUCGAAGAUGACAGACUAAGCAUGAGCUCCCAACUCAGAAAGACUAGAAGCAUGGAUGCCUCUUGCUUGGAUAUCCGUUCAAUAGAAGAAAUCGGUUCGCCAAAUAGUACUCUUAAUCGAGCUAAAUCGGAAUAUAAUCUUAACUCAUCUGCCCACUCAAAUACUCAAGGAAGCAACACACCAACUCGUCAGCCGAUGAGACCCAUUACAGUCCCUCCUCCGCCCACCUGGGACUGUCAAUUGGCUCGCGCACUCUACGCUUAUCUUUCAAGUGGUGAAAACCAGUUAAGCUUCCACGAAGGCGAUUUGAUCGCCCUAAUUGGAGAACGGAACAAGGGUUGGCAAUUUGGAGAAAACCUUCGGACUCAAUGCAGUGGGUGGUUCCCAUUAGCAUACACCGAGAUUAUAGAAGAUCCUCCAACCUCACCAAGUCAUCGAAGUAAUGCUAGCGGAUCCCACUCAAAUAAUCCAACAACGCCCACAGCUGGGGGCAACUAUCUGUCUGCUGAAGCCGGAACGCCUUCUGGUAACGCUACAUUAGACAACCCCAGCACUCGUAUGUUUGGAGAUACUUUACACUUACAUAGAUCUUCCAAUACUGCUAAACAGAUUCGGCGAGCUAUCGGUUCUAACAUUGUACCACCGCCAAGCCUGCCUGCUCCCGUCCCAACACCAACGCUGCCAGAAUCAAAAUUAAAUGCCGCCCAAUCACAAACCUCCAACUCUGCUAUGAAAUCAUCAACCUCAUCAUUUAGUUUUACAACACCAAACGCAAGUGCAUACUCUACACAUCCAGCCCCUGCUAGAUCGGAUAAGCCCUCAGCCGGGAUCCCAUUACCGUUCCAUUUGCAGUCCAAAGGUGGAAAAAUCGGUGGUCCUAUAGGCAAUGCUUCCCUUCACAGUAGUAAUGAUUCUGGUUUUUCCAAUGAUCCUCCACCACAACCGGAAAUUGAUUAUUCAGACGAUGAUUCCAAUCAUGGACAAACAAAAUUGUCAAGCAGAAGAAGAAUCCUGAAAAAUCUUGACGAAGAAGAUAAAAAAAUGACUCAAAAGCUCGCCAACACCAAAAUCUCGGAAGCUCCACAAACGCCCAAAAAACGAAUCCCAGUUCAACAUUCGAGAAGUCACGGUAACCUAACAGAUAAUAAUUAUUUGAUGUCUGAGUCCCAAGAUAUUUCUAAAAAGAAGAACAAGAUAGUCAAAAGAACAAAAUCGUUUUGGAAAUUUGGUAAAAGUGGCUCUGAUAACGAGAUUCUUGAAGGUAUGUCUCUGUGGAAGCACAAAGACCUAGUUGAUAUAGAAUCUAAUAUAUCUGAUACAGAAAAUGUUAAACCCAAUAAAGAAAUACCCAAAAAGACGAGUUACGCAAAAUCGGAGGAUUCUGACACCACUAUUAAUAAUAAUAGGGUUGAACCAGCUCAAAUUAAAACGCCGAAUAAAAAAGAAAUCACGAACAAAGAUAUAAAACGCAACCGAAGUUUUAACAAGAAAGAUCAAUUUACAUCUAAAGAGUCGAUUAACGAAACUGUGGAAAAACACUAUAAAAAGCAAACCAAAUCUCCAAACUACGAAGAUCAGUUUUAUGAUGACGAUGGUGACGGUUUGAUGCUAAAAACUCUAAACCGAAAAAAUAUUCUACAACAGUAUAACAAUAGUUCGUCUGGCACAGAUUCUGAAUCAGAAUCUGAUUUGACCAGUGACGAUCCAUAUGAUUGUAUCCUUGUAGACGACCAAAACGUAAAGAAAACGGAAAAUCACUUUCCAAACGUUGCUGAGUUAGGUAAAAAGUUAGAAAAACUCUCUAAAGGCAGCAAAUUUACUCCAGAGAAAGACAAGAAUAUGGCGCAAGAAAAACAGAUUGAAAUUAUGAGGUUAGAGAGAAAAAGUCCUAUGCGGCAAGAAGAUAUUAUGCAACUUCGAGAAAACAGUUUUAAAACAUUUGGUCUGGAAAUACAAAACAAAGAAAAUGGAGAAAAAGAAACUUUAGACGAUGAAAACUAUUACCCACAAGAACAUAGUAGGUCAGAAAAACGAAAAUACCAGAAUGAACCUAGGAGGAGUCGUCCAAGCUAUGAAUCCAUACAAUCUGAUAUAAAAUCGCGAAAUAGUAGUAACAAAAGGAAAAGUGAAAAACAAAGAGAAGCAGAGAGACACGAAAGGCAUAAAAAUCAGUAUUAUGAUUCCACUAAUGAUGAGUUUUCUGAUGCCGUCGAAAGUCGUCAGAUUUUACCAAGAUCAAAACUAACUAAAACAAACAGCAACAGUUCAUCACACAGUAAAUAUGAUCAAGAAAGCAAUUUGAUGGAUUAUGGUGAGACGCUUCAAAGAAGGCUUAAAAAUCCUGAAUACAAUUCCCGAUUCGAUGAACGAUCACCUCACAAUGGUAACAUGUAUGGGCCGUGGUACGAUUUGUGGGGACUGGAUUCAACAGGAACAGCGAGAAAGAAAUGA